AUGGAGGACUUGUCUCAGAAAACAAAGCUAGAUGAUUCGAUCAUUAAUAGCUUUGCUGUUACAUUGGCAUUCAAGGAUCGUUUUUCCGUAACUAAUGGCAUGGAUUGGGAUUCUUCCGGUGAAUUUAUGGUCACAUCAUCACAAGAUAGAACGGUUUAUUUAUAUUCGGUCAACAAAGCUGGGUUGACCAAUGUACUUCAAAGCAAGAAGCAUGGGGUUUCUGCUGUCAGAUUUACUCACGAAGGACCCCGGCAGAUAGUAUGCAGUUCUUCCAGGGAUACACCUGCCGCUUCAGUGAAACUAUGGGAUACACUGGAAAACCGUUAUGUUAAGAGUUUCCCAUUGACGUCACCCGCUCGUAGAGGCCGCGCCAUAUCGCCACACCCAUCCCGUGAUUUGAUGUUAAUAAGUACAUGCGAUACCUGUUUGUUAUACACAUAUGACAAUUCUUCACCUCUCGCAUCAUACAAUGGUGCAAGCAUGAUUGGAGCGUUCGACCCCUUAGGAUUGACUUUUGCUAUUUGUGAUUCGACCCCCAACAGAAAAUGUCUCUCCCUGUAUGACAUGUCUAAGUACCAGGUGCCAUUCGCCACAUUCGACCUCGGGAAAGUGCUUCUCAAGUUCGAGGAAGUUGUGGUUAGUACCGGCUCACGUCUGUAA